GGGCUGAAACAGAAGUGACAAGUGUGUUGAUACGGUGUGAAGGAAGUUCACUGCUCCACCCGUGUUCGUAGUCUGAUUUGGGACCACUGGUGAAUAGACGGAGUUUUGAGAUGAACUGUCAUAAUUAUAAGCUUCAUCACGUCGCUAGAUGCUAAGACUUCACAGCUGAGACUGGAAACGCUUAGAGGUGGAAAUGUUUGAGAAUUUCAGAGAGAGACUGCAGAUUGUGCAGCAAGACUUUACAUCAGGAAUCAAGACCUUGAGUGAUAAGUCCAAGGAGGCCAAAGUGAAGAAGAAACAGAGAAGAGAAGAAUAUCUUCCUCAGUACUCUGCUGGACUGGAGUUGUUGAAUCGAUAUGAGGAUGCCUGGGUGAUGCUGCACAAACGAACCAAAGAAUGUGCCAAAGCUGCAGAUAUGGUGGAUGGAGAAGUGGUGAUGCUCUCAGCUCACUGGGAGAGGAGAAGAGCAGCGUUAUUUCAGCUGCAGGAACAGUUACAACAGGUCCCAAACUUCCUUACAGACCUGAAGUCCAUCACUGCUCGAGUCGCUCAACUCGAGUCCAGCUUUGAGGAGACCGAGAGUCAUCUGACGUACUUAGAGAAUCUGUGUGGUCAGUGUGAGCUGCAGCGCUUCAAACACUUACAGAUUCUACAGCUGGAGAACUACAAGAAAAAGAAGAGGAAAGAACUGGAAUCUCUUAAAGCCGAGUUGCAUGCUGAACACUCCCAGAAGGUCUUGGAGAUGGAGCACGCACAGCAAGCGAAGCUGAAGGAGAGGCAAAAGUAUUUUGAAGAGGCAUUUCAGCAAGACAUGGAUCAGUAUCUGUCUACAGGCUACCUGCAGAUCACUGACCGGCGAGCAUGUCCAAUAGGCAGUAUGUCCUCUAUGGAGGUGAAUGUAGAUAUGUUGGAGCAGAUGGAUCUUACAGAUGUGUCAGACCAUGAGGCUCUUGAUGUCUUCCUCAAUUCUGCUGCUGAUGAGAGCAGUCCUGUAUCUGCAGUCAGAGCUCCAGAUGCUGAGAUCAGCCUGAAGGUUCCGAGCCACACAGAGCAGAGACAUAACAUCUCGUCCGUUUCGUCCUCCUGCACGGACUCGUUCAGUGGCAUUACCGAGGGACCGGAUGAAGAGGAGGAGGACGACGGCAGCGACGAGAGCAGCGAUGCCGGACACUCGCCGUUGGUUCAGUGCGACGAGGAGGAGGUGCAGGCUGACACGACCCUUGUGGGUCUAAUAGACCAUGACGAGGGACUCAAAAACUCAGACGACAGUGACACAAGCACUAAAAUGCCCUUUGAGGAAAGGAAAAAGUAGCAAAAAAAACCCGCCCGAUCUGUUCAGUCCGCAGAAGCAGACCCAGCGCAGCCUGGAGCCGAGUGAGCCGAACCCGAGGUGGAGCUUUAAGGUGUCUCACAUGUUCGAGAACAAUCUUCCUGCUUUUUUUUUUGUUUGUUUUUCUCAGCACUGUGACUUUGCUUAAGAAAUACCUUUUAUUGUAUCACAUGCCUAAGUAUUACAUUAAAAAGCUGAGCAUCUCAGACAAAUAAACCUA